UACUUCCUUAUUCUGAGCUACAGUCGCCGAGGAUUCAGUUGUACCUUCCAGUCAUCUGAAGAAUGUGUAGUACUUUGGAGUAACUGCUCUUCAGAUACUUGUAUAAACGGUCGGGUGCCUGCUAGUCACACAACAAGGACCAUUGUUCACUUUAGAAGAGGAAUGGAAUUUAAAGGAGAUGGGAAGGAAAAGUUCUUCAUAGUGACACGGGGGAAGGUGAGAAAAGGCUUCUCCAGAGGAUGCAUCGGCCGUGUGGAAGCAGUGAUGCAUAAGGGAGAGCUGAUGGGACUGUUGUACGGAGGUGGCAGCAGUGGGAAUCCCAAGAGUGGGGACAUGGUGAAGAGGGAGGACACGUACCCCCUCACCCGACACCAGGCCCAGCUGCUGCUCUUCGUGUCCCCCUCCAGCAAACGCCUGGAGCUCCUGUGUAACCCCCAGCUCUUUUCAGCCAUCUGUGUACUGUCUCAGGAUGACUUAGUAGUGGUUAAGCACAAGAAAGGUCACCAGCCAGGCCUGGUUCGGAACCUGAUGCUGAUCGGUAAGAAGGAGAACCAAGGGGACCUGCUGAUGCUGGGCUUUGAGGUUGAGUUUGUGCAGGACUCUGAUCAAACAGUGUCCCCUAAGAAGCCAUCUCAUCUCCCCCUGUUCAGUGCAGCAGACAUUGUCCAGGUUGUCCCAGCAUACUCUGUAGGCAUUGGCCCUCGCUGGAAAGACAGUUAUUCAGAGGGUCUAAACAGAAAGGCGGUGCCACCUAUCAACUCCAUGUCUAAUAUGGGAUCUCGUGGACGACAAGUGAGAGAUAUAAACCAUUUAGACCAGAAUGUCACCCAAACCCCAACCCAAAGCCCGUCACACCACCCUUUUGAGGUGGGAUCCAUGGUGGAGGUAACAUCCAACACUGGGAUAACUGUAUACGGGGUGAUCCGUUGGAUGGGCGUCCUUUCAGAAAAUAAAAAUGACUGGGCCGGAAUUGAGCUGGAUUAUGAGGUGAAUAAUUGCUCAGAUGGGACGUAUGGAGGCCAGCAGUAUUUCACUUGUAAAGGGGGCAGGGCCUUGUUUGUGCCCCUCACAAAGUGCAGUCCAGACGGAAGGUUCUUAUGUCCCCCCUCUGAAAAGGAGACACUCAAAGCAACAGAUAUCCCCCCAGUCAUUCCAUUGGAGGAAACAGAUGAGAAUGUCCCUCCUAUCCCUGAGUCGGAAGCCCUGUCUUUGCUCGUGGGCAAGAUGAAGGGGAUCCAGGGGCACUAUAACUCCUGCUACCUCGACGCCACUCUCUUCAGUCUGUUCUGCUCAUCUAUGACCCUGGACAGUGUUUGCCACAAACCAGAUGGCACAGAAAAGAGCAUAUCUCGCUCUCUGAAGAAAGACAUUGUCAACUGUUUGCGCAGACAAGGUUUUGUGCCUGCUGAGAGCGUAAUGAACUUCCGCAAGCAGCUCGGGUGUGACACCUUUGUAACAGAAGAGAAAGACCCUGAAGAGUUCAUCACAAUCCUUCUACAGCGGGUGCUUUGCAUGAAGUCAUUGCUUAAACUCAGGUCGAAUGACGACACAUCUCAGGAUGCCUACACAUUCCAGAUUAUUCUGGAUAAGGAGCAGGUGACAAAGACUCCCACUGUCCAGCAACUCCUGGAUGUCUCCUUGCUGUCUUGUGGCCUCAAGUUUGAGGAGAUCCCAUCCUGCCUCAUGGUCCACAUGCCAAGGUUUGGGAAGAAGUACAAGAUGUUCCCCUACAUUAUCCCCUCAACAGAAUUUGACAUCACAGAUCUUCUAUACAACUCCCCCCGAGAAUGCUUCCUCUGUGGGCGUUUGGCAGAGUACGAGUGCCCCCAGUGCCUACAAGACCGCAAGCUCCAGCCAGGAAGAAUCAAACAGUAUUGCACUACCUGCAAGACACAGGUGCACAUUCAUCCCUCUCGGCAGAGCCACUGCCCUAAAGCCCUGGCAGUGCCAGCGGAGGUGCCAGCAGAUGCCCCUGUACCCAGGCACAAAAUGCAGUUGUUCGCUGUGCUCUGUAUCCACACCAGCCACUAUGUGUCCUUUGUAAAGUAUGGCCCUGGCCCUCGCUCCUGGCUCUUCUUCGACAGCAUGGCAGACAGAUGUGUCCCCUCAGGUGAUGACCAGAGUGGCUACAACAUUCCAGAGAUCAGGGCUUGUCCUGAGGUGGGUGACUUCCUGUCUCAGUCAGAGGAGGAGCUAGCGCGGGCUGACCCCUCCCAGGCUGGAGAGCCUGUCCGCAGGCUGCUGAGUGACUCCUACAUGUGUUUGUAUCAGAGUGCCUCCAUGGCACUCUACAGAUAAAGUCAGCACAAGGCUGAAGUGUACUGGGGAGAACACAGCAUUCUCACAACAAUGCUACAAUAACCCUGGUUUCAGAGUCGCCAUGGCGUCAAUUCAUUUUCACAGAAAUAAAACUGAUGAUUAGCUGAAGACCUUGAACUUUAUAGGCUUUUAUGAGAACAGAAAUAUUCACCAAGGUCUUCUCAAAUCUUUUUCUUUGUCAAUGUAGAGGUACUUCACCUUUGUUUCAAUAAAGAUUGAUUGAUGAGGUUGGGGUUAGGAAGGGCAAGUGAACUAUAUUAUUUUUCCCCCCUCAUUGCCUACACCAACCAUUUCCCACUCACUGCUUGUAUUUUGGCAAUGUUUUAUUGCUGCCAAUGUUAUGUAAACAUACAGUAUGGUAUACUCUAGAUCAGUGGUUCCUAAACUUUUUAUAUUCCGUACCCCUUCAAACAUUCAACCUCUAGCUGCGUAACCCCUCUAGCACCAGGGUCAGCACACUCUCAAAUGUUUGUUUUUUGCCAUCAUUGUAAGCCUGCCACACACACUAUACAAUAUAUUAUUUAAACAUAAGAAUGAAUGUGAGUUUGUGUCACAACCCGGCUCGUGGGAAGUGACAAAGAGCUCUUACAGGACCAUGGCACAAAUAAUAAUAAAUCAUUUUGCACUUUAUUUAUCCAGCUUACAUAUAAAACUUGAUUUGUUCGUCGAAAAUUGUGAAUAACUUACCACAGGUUAAUGAGAAGGGUGUGCUUGAAAGGAUGCACAUAACAAUGCAAUGGUGGGUUGUAUUGGAGAGAGUCUCAAGUCUUAAAUAACUUUCCACACACA